AUUUUUCUCCCGAAGCGAUGAUGAUCAGAUUGGGAAAUUGAAGGGAAUAAUCGUUCGACUACUUGAACCUCCCAGAACGGAAAGACCAAAGAGUGCUAAAAGCAAUCGACGACGUAAAAGAGGCGAACCCUCCAAUUACAUCUUCGACUUCUUUUCAAUCGAUCUAUCCCUUGCGAUACCUAUAUAGGCAGAACACACUUCCUCAAACCUACUCACCCAACUCGUACAAUCCAAUCCAACACAAUGGUCGACGCUGAUGCUUCUGUCCGACGGGGUCACCCUGUUAUCUUCGGUCUCGUGGCCCUCUUCUCGCUCAUCGAGAUGUGUAUCACUGCCUACCUGACUUCCAGGUACAACGCCAACGGGUACCCCAGCGGCCACUUCACGGGAACCAUUCGAUUCGGUCUCUUCGUUUCCAUCUGGACCUUGUUCUUCAGCAUCGCCUACCUCGCCAUCUUCUUGACCGGUGUUCAGAACUUUAUGAGUUCGAUUGCUUCUCACGGUGUUUGGCUCUUCAUUACUUGGGUGUUCUGGCUCGCCUACGCUGCCUCUACCGCUGCCAUGCUCCAGGGUCCUGGCCGAUGCGGAGGGGACAUCUCUCACUGCACCCAGAACGUCGCUGCUGAGGCUUUCGCCUGGAUGAACUGGAUCCUCCUUACUUUUGCAUUCAUUGCCGUCGUCCUACUCGGAGUCAGGUCAAUGCGCAAGGGCGAGCGUAUCUCCGGUCCCCUCACCGCCUAGACGAAUGGUUUCGAGGCCACGGCUUCAGGAACCAUCCAUCGAUUUGUUAUCAACCCACCCACUUCAUAAACUAGAAGAGCAGAGAAACGAACGCGCUCGCCUCGAACUCGAAACACAAACUAGCAGAGAAACCAGCAUAAGAACCGCGGAUUCGGGAGCGUCAUGGGAAGACGAACAUUAGAAUGCUCAUCGAGACGUCUGAGAGCGUUCGCACUUGUUUUGUGAAUUACUUUUCUUUAUAAUUCCCUUAUAAUAAUAUGCCAAACUUUCGUCCGCAA